AUGAUUCCCGAGACACAGAUUCCCACAAAGGCCUUUGUGGUUGACGCACCAGGCUCGCCAUUUGUUCUUCGCGAUGUGGUUUUGGAUGAAGUGCGGAGCAAUGAGGUCCUGGUCGAGAUGAAGUACACGGGCCUCUGCCAUACUGAUAUUGUUGUUCAACAGGGCGCUAUUCCUGUCGGUGACUACCCUGCUGUGCUUGGCCAUGAAGGCGCCGGUAUUGUACGCCGCAUCGGCAGUGCCGUAAAAGACAAGACCUUGAGUGAAGGUGAUCUGGUUCUCCUGAGCUUUACCUCGUGCAACAGUUGCUCUGCCUGCGAUGAAGAUCGCAAUGGGUUCUGUCGCAAUAUGACUGCAAUCAACUUCGGUGGUGUACGAGGCAUAUCCGCUGUUGACUCGCCCAUCAAAUCUGCCAGCGGCCAACCCCUCCGAGGUCAAUUCUUUGGUCAGUCUUCAAUGAGCAAAUUGGCAAUCGUACCGGAUACAUCUGUGGUAAAGGCCUCUUCCAGUGUCACUGAAGCCGACUUGGCUUUGCUUGCUCCUCUGGGCUGUGGCUAUCUCACUGGUGCUGGUACCGUUAUCAAUAUCCUUAAACCAAAGCCAACAUCCCGGUUUGCGAUUCUGGGAAUGGGAGCGGUCGGCCUUGCUGCAUUGUUAGCUGCAAGGGCUCAAGGCGUCGAGAAUGUUAUUGCGGUCGAUAUUGUUAAUGCAAAACUUGAACUUGCCAAGUCUCUGGGUGCUUCACAUACUCUGAACACCAAAAGCGUGUCAUCUCUCAACGAAGGGCUUCGUGAUCUAUUCCCAGAUGGUGUUGAUCAGAUUCUUGAUACAACCGGUGUUGUUCCUCUGCUUGAAUCGGCUGUAAAGUCGCUGGACCAUGAGGGUAUUCUUGCCAUCGUGGGUGUUGCCCUGCUUAUCCCCCAAUUAAUCGACUGGUAUAAGCAGGGCAAGUUCCCGGUCGACAAACUGGCCAAGAUUUAUGAUUCAGACUCUUUGGAACAAGCAUUGGAAGAUCUACACAAGGGCAAAGUGAUCAAGCCGAUCAUCAAGUGGGGGGACCUUUAA